GUGCGGUUCUGUGUGUUGGUGCCGGAGGGGGGUGCACGAAACGAGUGUGUGCCCCUCACCAGUAGUCUAAAGCUAUUUUGAAAGUGACCCCUCAUUCGGGCACGGGACAGCGACACUGCAGCUGUUUGGAACCAUGACUGAAGAUGACGGAUUCGGUUGUCGUGGAAGGAUAUGUCAAAUUCAGAGAUGGAAAAAAGUGGAAGACUAGGUGGGUCGUACUUCGCAAGCCAUCGCCUGUAGCAGACUGUUUGGUGCUUCUCGUCUACAAAGACAAGUCGGAUAAAGCCCAGGGCCACCGGGAGAAGGGCAGCAUCACCUUGGAGGAUAUCUGUGGACUGGAGACAGGUCUCUCCUAUGAGGGGGUAAACUACACGCUGGCUAUCCUCUGCCUGAGCCAGGUUGCUGUGCUGGGCUUCGACGGCAAGGAGGCUCUGCUGGCCUGGGAUAUCCGCAUCCGCUACAGUCUUGGUGAAGUCCACAGGUUUAGCGUUGGCAUCUUACCAGGCACCAAGUUGGAGAGUGGGUCUGCGAUCCUUCACUUGUGUAACAACCUACUGGUUCUGGCCAGGGACAUCCCCCCUGUUAUCAUCGGCCAGUGGAACCUCCCGGACCUACGCAGAUAUGGGCCUGUACCAAAUGGCUUCGUCUUCGAGGGGGGAACGCGCUGCGGCUACUGGGCUGGCGUCUUCUUCCUAUCGUCCAUGGAGGGAGAGCAGAUCAGCUUUCUGUUCGACUGCAUCGUCAGGGGCAUCUCCCCCACCAGAGGCCCUUUUGGACUGAGGCCAAUCCUGCCUGACCCCAACGCUGCCGCCAACCAGGCCUACUCUGAGGAGAGGGUAAACCAUGAGGCCCAGGAGCUGGAGAAACGCCUUAGCAUGCUGUCUCACCAGAGCAGCACAGCCUUCGCGUAUGGUCUGUCUGAGGCGGGAGACGACCGCAGCAUAUCAGGCUCCUCUGACACCUCCGACACCAGCCAAUCAGACUCCAGCAUUGGCAGCCGGCUGGCCAUUUGGACUGAGCCCGUCACAACAAGCUCCGCCCCCACAGACACCAUCAUUGGCCAUUCUGGGUCCAAGGUGGCCUUACAGGCCGAGGAUAAACUGUCCGUCAUCCAGGUGUGUGGAGCUCAUGCAGUAGCCAAGCCCCCUCGGUCCCGGCAGCUGCAGGAGAUUGGUCGACAGAGCUCAUCCGACAGCGGCAUCGCCACAGGAAGCCACUCCUCCUACUCUGGGAGUUUCUCCUCCUAUGCAGGUAGCCUGGACAUUGGUUCUGGGGGGGAUGACUUUGGCUCCCUGCUCAGCCUGCCCACUCACCUAGACCUGGCCCCCUGUACCUGCCCCCCAGCCCCAGGAAAGGAGUACCAGGUACCCACGUCACUGAGAUACCUCUAUGACACCCCCCGGAAUCUACUGCAGGGGGGAACAGGAGGGGCCAGGGGGCACCAGACCUCCACAACAUCUAAGGACCAGGCGGGUAGUUCACCCCAAUCACCCCCAUCAUGUAAGUCAGUACAGAGGGAAAAAGAGGGUCCUCUCGGGGGUCGCUCGGACACUGUUGCCAGGCGCUCGACGGCUGAUCUCUUACAGGGCCACUCAGAGGAGAGUAAGAGCAGGGUGGCGCCCUCUAGUGACAGUCAACACCCAGACUCCUAUCAGAUAUGCAGCAGUUCCCAAGCCACUGCCUCCAAAACCCUCCUAAUCAUCUGCGCCACCUGUGGAGGAUUCAAGGGGACUCCAGUCUCCUACACUGCGGGCUCAGCAAUGCCAGCCGUACCAGCAGGUGAAAGUAUUGAUAAGUGCCCGUGCAGACCCAACAACAGCUCCUCAGAAUAUAUCAAGGUUGACGCACUGAGGAAAACUACAGAGACCACGUCCUCACCUGCCUCAGUGACCAAUCACCGCUCUGAGAAGCUAAAGAUGAGGGAUGAGGGAUCAGCAGCUCUACAGAAGAAAGGCAAGGGGAAAUUAGCUGACCUCUUAGCAGACCUAUUAGGCUAUGGCGGCACAUCCGGAGAGCCAGGUACAAAGACAAACGAACUGAAUCUUUAUGAGUCAAUGGCUUCUGCUUUGGGACGUGAGCUUAGAUCCCAACAACCUGUUAUCAACUGUGAUCUGAACUCAGCAAGACCAGGGGACAAGGAGACUAUCAUUUACGAAAACUGCUUCAAGUGCAAGAAAGGGGAGGAAUGCCAUCUGCCUCCUUGGGGGACAGCAGCAUUUCCCCGGAACAGCUUUGUCCUUCAGGUUGGUCAAAUGCACCACAGUGGUGUAUGUUUUGGACAGCCACUACCCUCUGAGCCCUUGAAGAACAGUGUGGACUGUGAAAAGACAUCUAACGAAGAGCAGCCUAUUGAAGUGCAACUGCUGGGCCCUACACUCCAAGAUGGAGACCUUCCAUGUCUGGAGGUGAAAGAUCAUUCAGUAUCGGUUGAAGACAAGAAGCAGAAGAGUAAGGAGGAGAGGCACAAAGUCGAGUAUGAGAUCAUGGAGAGCCGGGCGUUGGAGAAGAGUUCAGAGGUGGAGCAUCAGGAACCAGAAGAGAAAAGCAAGUACGAGCUGAUGGGCAGUUGUGGACAACAACGGUUACUUCAUGAGACUGAAGCGGCCAUGUUUGUGUUCCCGCCAGAAAUGGCGGCUCCAGAAAGACCCCGCGGUGAUGGAGUGACCUACGUCAAUAUUCCCAUCAGCCCCACGUCCAAGAAACAGCUGAACUACAUGGAGCUGGAGCAUCAGGAGCAAACUGGGGUCAGGGGGACUGGCCAACACCUCCCAGGACAGAACUGCUUGUUUUUUCUCUCUACAGGGAAAAGUUCCACUAAAUAUGCCCAGAUUGACAUCACUGCUACGGAUGCCGCCCACAAAACGGGUACCCAGCAUGCCCUGGGGCGAGAGGAGGGUCUUCACACCCUGGAGCAGAGGAGGAGGGGAGUACCACAGUGACAUCACACCUCCAAUCUUGACCUCCAGAGGGCCUCUGGCCCAGACCAGACUGUUGUAUAAAUCUCUGGAAUUCACCAGAAACUUGGAUUUCCGGGGGCACCUCCAGCUGCCAUGAUGUCAAACUCCUCAGAGAUCUGCCACAUUUGAUUUCUCUAACAUCAAUCUAACAUCAAUUGUUGACGUCUUCGGACAGUACUGUCAUUCUGCAAUCACGAAAGCAACAUGAAAACAAACUGUAAUUAAAAAGACAAAAGCUGCUGCAUGGAUUUAAGGGAUGUAAGGGGACAUUUCAAUCCCUUGUGGAACCAGACAUCUCAUUAGAAGGCAUCACUGUCACUGUCACAGCCCUGGGCAGACUUGGGAGGAGUGGGGGGCUGAAAGUGCCAGUCUUGGAACUGAGUCAUUACCCAGGCUCAAACCCCCGGAGGAGCAGUGGGUUUUUCACAGCCUCGCCUGUGCCACCCCUAAUCUAAUACAAUACGGUUAGAAUCUCGUUUGGGGGAGAUGAGGAGGGAGUUGAAAAAAGCAUCACCCUCCAUAACUCCUCUCUGAUUAUCGUUAUACUAAUUCUAUAGUGUUUAGUUGUAUGAAAGCCUUGAUUGGGGCCUUUUGAAAGAGGCUAGUUUAGCACAGGGCCAGAUAGAUAAUGGAUAAUCAGUCUAUAUUUAUCCUGUACAGUACAUGCAGUCUUACUCAUUCAGAAUGUCGAAGCUACAGCGACGUUCAACAAACUUUUUAAGAACUUUAUGAAGCUAAUACGACAAAGUGGGCAUAGACGUUCCGGCGGUGUUUGUAUACCAAUGAGACCAACGUGAUUAAGCCCUCAUUAUCGGGUUCUGGUUACUCAGCCCAGGCUUGUAAUUGUUCCGCGUUGGCUAAAUGAACUUUGGUUGGCUUGAGUGUGCCUAAUUGCCCGCUGUUGACCACAUCCGUAGCGUUCGUUUCUGGGCGCUCUCCAUUUGUUUUUCAACUUCACGGUUCACGUGGCUUCGCUGAGGGACAGACAGACAGAGCUUCAGCAACAUACACCCUAUAAAUAAUUCAUUGGAUUUUUUUUAGCUUCGCAGAAAGGAAAAAUGAAAAACAAUAUCCCGGAAAUGUUUGUCAGAAAGAAGCGCCUGUGGCCCCCCAUUAUGCAAACGUAUAUCUUUUUUUUUUUUUUAAAUAGCUAUAUAAUUUAAGACAGGAGUUCCUAUGUAAAUGGAACCUUAUUGGAAUAGAAAUUUCUUCUUGUCUGUAUUCCCUACUGUGUGUUGAACGUAUGCGUUUGUUUUGCUGAUACUUUAGACAGUCAUUAUUUUAUUUGUGAUGUUAGUGCGGUUCUCAUUAUAUUAGUACAUAUAUCACUUUUUCAUAUACGCAAAUGUAACCUUGUCUAGAGAGAAAUAUAUUUGUAUUAAAACCAAUAUAUAUUUCUCCAGUAUCUGUAAAUACAUUUCCCUGUUUCUGUUCUAGAUGACUUGGACUGCCAUACAUUAUAUAUUUGAAGAUAAUGUGUAUGUACAGAUCAAUGUUAAGAGUUUUACACACGAUGUCUGUAUUUUUUCAAAAGCCUUUUAUUUGAAUAUUUUAUUUAUAACAAAUAACAACCUUUACUUUGA